AUGUCGAACGCGCUUGGCGACUUUACGAACCAGCCCCUUCCUAGCGACUUUGCGCACAAAUCACCAAAGAUUGUCCAAGCGAUGGACAGGUGUCGAGCAGCGGAAGCAGCUAUCACGAGCAUUCUCGAGAGCCCUGCCUUUGGGUACAAAGUCGCACUGGAAAGUUUUGUCCCGACUGAGAUGUCAGACCGCUAUUGA